CAACAACAACAACUGAAGCUCUUACAGACAUCACAACUGUAGCUCCUCUGCCCCCCACAAUUGCAACUUCAAAUGUAGCAUCACCUACAACAACAACUGCAGAUGCUUCUACAACCACAGGUGCAGCACCUACCACAUCAAUCACAACUGCAGGUCCUACUACCAUUUUGACUCCUAAGACAAUCACAACUGAAGCUCCUACAGAAAUCACAACUGUAGCUCUUAUGUCCCCCACAAUUGCAACUUCAACUGUAGCAUCACCUACAACAUCGACUGCAGAUGCUUCCACAACCACAGGUGCAGCACCUACUACAUCAAUCACAACUGCAGGUCCUACUAUAAUUUUACCUCAAUCGACAACCACAACAACAUCCACUACAACAACUGUAGCUCCUACAAUGUCAAUCUCAACUGCAGGUCCUACUACCAAUUUAACUCCAACGACAACCACAACUGAAGCUCCUACAGACAUCAUAACUGUAGCUCCUAUGCCCCCCACAAUUGCAACUUCAAUUACAACUGUAGCAUCACCUGCAACAACAACUACAGAUGCUUCCACAACCACAAGUGCAGCACCUACUACAUCAAUCCCAACUGCAGGUCCUACUAUCAUUUUACCUCAAUCGACAACCACAACAACAUCCACUGCAACAACUGUAGCUCCUACAAUGUCAAUCUCAACUGCAGGUCCUACUGCCAAUUUAACUCCAACGACAACAACAACUGAAGCUCUUACAGACAUCACAACUGUAGCUCCUCUGCCCCCCACAAUUGCAACUUCAAUUACAACUGUAGCAUCACCUGCAACAACAACUACAGAUGCUUCCACAACCACAGGUGCAGCACCUACUACAUCAAUCCCAACUGCAGGUCCUACUAUCAUUUUACCUCAAUCGACAACCACAACAACAUCCACUACAACAACUGUAGCUCCUACAAUGUCAAUCUCAACUGCAGGUCCUACUGCCAAUUUAACUCCAACGACAACAACAACUGAAGCUCUUACAGACAUCACAACUGUAGCUCCUCUGCCUCCCACAAUUGCAACUUCAAAUGUAGCAUCACCUACAACAACAACUGCAGAUGCUUCCACAACCACAGGUGCAGAACCUACUACAUCAAUCACAACUGCAGGUCCUACUACCAUUUUGACUCCUAAGACAAUCACAACUGAAGCUCCUACAGAAAUCACAACUGUAGCUCUUAUGCCCCCCACAAUUGCAACUUCAACUGUAGCAUCACCUACAACAACAAUUGCAGAUGCUUCAACAACCACAGGUGCAGCACCUACUACAUCAAUCACAACUGCAGGUCCUACUAUCAUUUUACCUCAAUCGACAACCACAACAACAUCCACUACAACAACUGUAGCUCCUACAAUGUCAAUCUCAACUGCAGGUCCUACUACCAAUUUAACUCCAACGACAACCACAACUGAAGCUCCUACAGACAUCAUAACUGUAGCUCCUAUGCCCCCCACAAUUGCAACUUCAAUUACAACUGUAGCAUCACCUGCAACAACAACUACAGAUGCUUCCACAACCACAAGUGCAGCACCUACUACAUCAAUCCCAACUGCAGGUCCUACUAUCAUUUUACCUCAAUCGACAACCACAACAACAUCCACUACAACAACUGUAGCUCGUACAAUGUCAAUCUCAACUGCAGGUCCUACUGCCAAUUUAACUCCAACGACAACAACAACUGAAGCUCUUACAGACAUCACAACUGUAGCUCCUCUGCCCCCCACAAUUGCAACUUCAAAUGUAGCAUCACCUACAACAACAACUGCAGAUGCUUCUACAACCACAGGUGCAGCACCUACCACAUCAAUCACAACUGCAGGUCCUACUACCAUUUUGACUCCUAAGACAAUCACAACUGAAGCUCCUACAGAAAUCACAACUGUAGCUCUUAUGACCCCCACAAUUGCAGCUUCUACUUCAACAACUGUUGCUCCCACGACCACAACUGCAGCAGCUCCUAUAACAACAACUGUAGAUGCUUCCAUAAACACAACAGCAGCACCUACUACGUCAAUCACAACUGCAGGUCCUACUAACAUUUUAACUCCAACGACAAGCACAACUGAGGCUCCUUCAGACGUCACUACUGUUGCUCCUUUGAACCCCACAAUUGCAGCUUCUUCUUCAACAAUUGUAGCUCCCACGAUCACUACAACUGCAGAAGCUCCUACAACAACAACUGCAGCUGCUUCUACAUUUACUACUGCAUCCCCUACUGCAACCACAACAGAAGCUCCUUCUACAACAACUGUAGCACCAAUGACUUUAGGAACAACAGUCCCAACGACAACUGCAGCUAAUUCCUCAACUUUAGCUCCUUCAAUUCCAAGCCCAACUGCAGCUCCUACAACAACAACUCUUGCUCCUACGACCUCUACAACUUCAGCACCAACUACUUUAUUCACAACUGUAGGUCCUACUACCAUUUUACCUCCUUCAACAACCACAACAACAUCCACUACAACAACUGUUGCUCCUACAAUGUCAAUCUCAGCUGCAGGUCCUACUGCCAAUUUAACUCCAACGACAACCUCAACUGAUGCUCCAACAGACAUCACAACUGUAGCUCCUAUGCACCCCACAAUUGCAACUUCAACUGUAGCAUCACCUACAACAACAACUGCAGAUGCUUCCACAACCACAGGUGCAGCACCUACCACAUCAAUCACAACUGCAGGUCCUACUACCAUUUUGACUCCUAAGACAAUCACAACUGAAGCUCCUACAGAAAUCACAACUGUAGCUCUUAUGCCCCCCACAAUUGCAACUUCAAUUACAACUGUAGCAUCACCUGCAACAACAACUACAGAUGCUUCCACAACCACAAGUGCAGCACCUACUACAUCAAUCCCAACUGCAGGUCCUACUAUCAUUUUACCUCAAUCGACAACCACAACAACAUCCACUGCAACAACUGUAGCUCCUACAAUGUCAAUCUCAACUGCAGGUCCUACUGCCAAUUUAACUCCAACGACAACAACAACUGAAGCUCUUACAGACAUCACAACUGUAGCUCCUCUGCCCCCCACAAUUGCAACUUCAAAUGUAGCAUCACCUACAACAACAACUGCAGAUGUUUCUACAACCACAGGUGUAGCACCUACUACAUCAAUCACAACUGCAGGUCCUACUACCAUUUUGACUCCUAAUACAAUCACAACUGAAACUCUUACAGACAUCACAACUGUAGCUCCUAUGCCUCCCACAAUUGCAACUUCAACUGUAGCAUCACCUACAACAACAACUGCAGAUGAUUCCACAACCACAGGUGCAGCACCUACUACAUCAAUCCCAACUGCAGGUCCUACUACCAUUUUGACUCCUAAGACAAUCACAACUGAAGCUCCUACAGAAAUCACAACUGUAGCUCUCAUGCCCCCCACAAUUGCAACUUCAAUUACAACUGUAGCAUCACCUGCAACAACAACUACAGAUGCUUCCACAACCACAAGUGCAGCACCUACUACAUCAAUCCCAACUGCAGGUCCUACUAUCAUUUUACCUCAAUCGACAACCACAACAACAUCCACUGCAACAACUGUAGCUCCUACAAUGUCAAUCUCAACUGCAGGUCCUACUGCCAAUUUAACUCCAACGACAACAACAACUGAAGCUCUUACAGACAUCACAACUGUAGCUCCUCUGCCCCCCACAAUUGCAACUUCAAAUGUAGCAUCACCUACAACAACAACUGCAGAUGUUUCUACAACCACAGGUGUAGCACCUACUACAUCAAUCACAACUGCAGGUCCUACUACCAUUUUGACUCCUAAUACAAUCACAACUGAAACUCUUACAGACAUCACAACUGUAGCUCCUAUGCCUCCCACAAUUGCAACUUCAACUGUAGCAUCACCUACAACAACAACUGCAGAUGCUUCCACAACCACAGGUGCAGCACCUACUACAUCAAUCCCAACUGCAGGUCCUACUACCAUUUUGACUCCUAAGACAAUCACAACUGAAGCUCCUACAGAAAUCACAACUGUAGCUCUCAUGCCCCCCACAAUUGCAACUUCAAUUACAACUGUAGCAUCACCUACAACAACAACUGCAGAUGCUUCCACAACCACAGGUGCAGCACCUACUACAUCAAUCCCAACUGCAGGUCCUACUAUCAUUUUACCUCAAUCGACAACCACAACAACAUCCACUACAACAACUGUAGCUCCUACAAUGUCAAUCUCAACUGCAGGUCCUACUGCCAAUUUAACUCCAACGACAACAACAACUGAAGCUCUUACAGACAUCACAACUGUAGCUCCUCUGCCCCCCACAAUUGCAACUUCAAAUGUAGCAUCACCUACAACAACAACAACUGCAGAUGCUUCUACAACCACAGGUGCAGCACCUACCACAUCAAUCACAACUGCAGGUCCUACUAUCAUUUUGACUCCUAAGACAAUCACAACUGAAGCUCCUACAGAAAUCACAACUGUAGCUCUUAUGCCCCCCACAAUUGCAACUUCAACUGUAGCAUCACCUACAACAACAACUGCAGAUGCUUCCACAACCACAGGUGCAGCACCUACUACAUCAAUCACAACUGCAGGUCCUACUAUCAUUUUACCUCAAUCGACAACCACAACAACAUCCACUACAACAACUGUAGCUCCUACAAUGUCAAUCUCAACUGCAGGUCCUACUACCAAUUUAACUCCAACGACAACCACAACUGAAGCUCCUACAGACAUCAUAACUGUAGCUCCUAUGCCCCCCACAAUUGCAACUUCAACUGUAGCAUCACCUACAACAACAACUGCAGAUGCUUCCACAACCACAGGUGCAGCACCUACUACAUCAAUCCCAACUGCAGGUCCUACUACCAUUUUGACUCCUAAGACAAUCACAACUGAAGCUCUUACAGACAUCACAACUGUAGCUCCUCUGCCCCCCACAAUUGCAACUUCAACUACAACUGUUGAAUCACCUACAACAACAACUACAGAUGCUUCCACAACCACAAGUGCAGCACCUACUACAUCAAUCCCAACUGCAGGUCCUACCACCAUUUUGACUCCUAAGACAAUCACAACUGAAGCUCCUACAGAAAUCACAACUGUAGCUCUUAUGACCCCCACAAUUGCAGCUUCUACUUCAACAACUGUUGCUCCCACGACCACAACUGCAGCAGCUCCUAUAACAACAACUGUAGAUGCUUCCAUAAACACAACAGCAGCACAUACUACGUCAAUCACAACUGCAGGUCCUACUAACAUUUUAACUCCAACGACAAGCACAACUGAGGCUCCUUCAGACGUCACUACUGUUGCUCCUUUGAACCCCACAAUUGCAGCUUCUUCUUCAACAACUGUAGCUCCCACGAUCACUACAACUGCAGAAGCUCCUACAACAACAACUGCAGCUGCUUCUACAUUUACUACUGCAUCCCCUACUGCAACCACAACAGAAGCUCCUUCUACAACAACUGUAGCACCAAUGACUUUAGGAACAACAGUCCCAACGACAACUGCAGCUAAUUCCUCAACUUUAGCUCCUUCAAUUCCAAGCCCAACUGCAGCUCCUACAACAACAACUCUUGCUCCUACGACCUCUACAACUUCAGCACCAACUACUUUAUUCACAACUGUAGGUCCUACUACCAUUUUACCUCCUUCAACAACCACAACAACAUCCACUACAACAACUGUUGCUCCUACAAUGUCAAUCUCAGCUGCAGGUCCUACUGCCAAUUUAACUCCAACGACAACCUCAACUGAAGCUCCAACAGACAUCACAACUGUAGCUCCUAUGCACCCCACAAUUGCAACUUCAACUGUAGCAUCACCUACAACAACAACUGCAGAUGCUUCCACAACCACAGGUGCAGCACCUACCACAUCAAUCCCAACUGCAGGUCCUACUACCAUUUUGACUCCUAAGACAAUCACAACUGAAGCUCCUACAGAAAUCACAACUGUAGCUCUCAUGCCCCCCACAAUUGCAACUUCAAUUACAACUGUAGCAUCACCUACAACAACAACUGCAGAUGCUUCCACAACCACAGGUGCAGCACCUACUACAUCAAUCCCAACUGCAGGUCCUACUAUCAUUUUACCUCAAUCGACAACCACAACAACAUCCACUACAACAACUGUAGCUCCUACAAUGUGCAGCACCUACCACAUCAAUCACAACUGCAGGUCCUACUACCAUUUUGACUCCUAA